GGCCGUUUUCGCCACUCCCUUCGACCAGAAGAUACUCCGCUCGGCCAGCGCAGCAGCGGAGGCUUCGUAUCGCCCUCUCUGAGCCCUCGGAGCAGGGUUGAAGCGCCGAGAGCCAUGUAUCCUCGGCUCCAAGCAUCGAAUGGCACCCUCAUGGUCUUCCGCAUGAGCAUUCUCAGCCGCUUUUGCUCGUCCCAGGCUACCGUCCUGACGCUGGCAGCUUGCCAUUGUUGGCCAGGUUCCAGAGUCGAACAUGACCGCGACAACCGAUCGCUGCGUUGUCUUCGCCAAGCCUUGCUUGCCAUCAUAACGGAUCCGGAUCGAGAGUUACCUUCGUGCUUGAUUGCCAUCAGCUUGUUACUUGCGACAAUGCAAAAGUGCUACGUCGACUAUUUACAAGUCGGCCGCUCGAGGUCAUCUGCGUGCUUGCGUCGAAUCACCAUGCCGUACAAGAAUCAUGUGCAACCGUUGCUCUUCCCUAAAUGCGGCGUGAUGGCCGGUUUCAUGCGUUGUACAAUUCACUACACGGCCUGCCGCCAAUACUGGCGGUACAGCGUGGCAUCCGACCUGAUCCUCCCAUGCACUUGACGAUCGCUACCGUGUUCCAGGCUCAACGUCCCUAGACAGGAGGCCUCCACUGCAUGCCCUUCCGAGUUGAACAAACCCUUCCAUGUACACCAAUGCCACGUUUAUUGUGCACUCAACUCUACAAUGCGGCCGAGGGCGUCCUAGAAUCCGCGGCUCCUGUAUACUAGAGCUCGUGACAACUCAGAAACUAGUCUCUUGUUUCACGGACCGACAAUCCGGUACAACAGUCGUGUGCCCUCUUCCCCACAAUCCCACAAAUACCCGGCUGGAC